GCGAUGCCGAUCUUCCACGUGUUUGCUGUGGCUGCGGCUGCAGCGAUAACAUUCGCAAUGCGCGACGUGAGGGAUGGUUGGCGUUGCCUACUUCUACCACUCAUUACGGAAAAAGUAUUAUGUGCACUUCUUAUAGAUCUAGUGGAUGU